AUGACGGCCGAAGAGAAAGAGAAGGUCGAAAUGAGUCUUUUCGAGAAGAUGAGCGACAAAAGCUGGAAAUUGCGGAGCGAGGCAUACCAAACUCUCGAGCAACAAUUUAAAGCCAAUGACUUUACUAAUGUUGACCCAUUUUUAGGGAAAAUAGAAGAAGUUGUUGUUGAUAACAACGCAACAGCACAAGAGAAUGCGUUGUUGGCUGUUCUGUCGUACUUUGAGAAAAAUGGUGAUGACCGAGCACGAGAAAUAGGUCGGAAAAUAGUCACGAAAAUAGGCGAGAAAGGAUUAGUAGGGCGGGCGAAAGGGAAAGAGCGCACAUUAGAGUUGUACAAUCAGAUGGUUGAAAUAGGUUUGAACGAAGAGGUCUUUGCGGCGCUAUGUGAAGCGUCGAAACACAAGAACAUUAAAAUGAAUUCCGAAGCGAUCAAAGCCGUCGAAAAUAUUCUUCGACUGUUUGGCGUGAAGAUCUUUUGCUUUGAGGAAUUAACAAAUGUCUUGAAAGAAUGGGUGGUUCAUCGAGAUAAAGAGUCGCGACAAGGCGCAUUACGAAUUGUCCACUUCUUAGUCUCCGAACUUGGCGACACGCGAAUGACCAAUUUUGUGAACACCAUCCCCCCAGCACAGAAAAAGGAUUACGACGUUUUUUGCUCACAAAACCCAUUCAAAAAGACUGAAGUGAUACGAAAUGUAAGAGACGGCGUGAUACUAACAGUUGCAAAGGAAAGUUUGAAUAAGAUGGAAGAAGAGAAAGUCGUUGAACGCGUCAAAAUUGUCAAAAUUUUGCCACCAAAUUUCUUUGUCAUUGUUCGAGGAGGGAAAUGGAAAGAGAAGCGCGACGCAUUAAAUACACUGAACACCACGCUGAACAAAUUUUGUGGAGUCGUUGAAAGCGUCGAAGAAGUGAAAGAAGAACUGAAGAAGUUGAUCACAGAGAACAACGUUGUGGUGUGUUCGUGUGCUAUGAAGACUGUUGAAGAACUUACAAAGAAGAAUUGUGAUAUGAGUACAACGUAUAGAACUAUAACAGAACAUUUAAAAGAGAGUAACAAGAAUAUAGUGAAUACCAUCAUCGACACAUUUGUGAACGUGUUAAAGAAUUACGACGAAGUCAUUGAACUUCUGAAUGAAGUGAAAGGGACUUCUGUGAGUAACAUGAAUGUCAUGCUUUUGUCGCAGAAACUUCUUGAAAAGUUCAAGGAAGUUGUGUCGAAUAAAGUUUCUAAUUGGGCUGAUUUGUUCUCUGAGUGUUUACAAGACCAAAGAAAGGAAUCUCGAGAUGAAGCAACAAAAAGUCUGAUGGUGUAUGUCCAAAUCAAUGGAUUUACUGUGUUGGAUCUACUUCACAACGUGUCGGAGGAGAGACUUAAAAUAGUCAGAAAGCGAAUUAACGGGGAAGUGUGUAACUCUGAAAACCCGAGUCAAGUGUUUCCGACUGACACGAUAUCGGAGACUAAAAAUAUGAAUUUCACAAUCAACUUACCGAAGAAGAUGGAAACUGUUGCUCCCAAUAAAGUAGAAAAGACUGGGAAACUCGAGAAAAUUGAUAAACGCGUGUUUCAAGGAAAUUCAGCGCCAAAUAUCGAGAGAGUGCGAACACUACCAAAACCCGAGUUAAAACGAGACGGAAGUGCGCGGCCCGUCUCGAAAGGCGUUCAGAGAUAUACAAAGCCCACUAAAACGAAUACGGCUAUGCAACCUGUGAAGAAAGAAAAGAAAUUGAAUAUCACAGAAAUCCUCCGCAAUUUGAAAUCGUCGGAUUGGAAGAGACAGAUUACCGCGUUAGAGGACGCCGAAGUAUAUUUGAAGACUGGGAGAAUCAACACGAAUGAGAGUGACAUUUUAGUUAGCGAGUUAAAGACGAAGAUCACUGACCCGAAGAGAGCGCUUGCGACUGUUGCUAUCAAGACGUUGAACGCACUUGUAUGUUCGAUUAAGGUUGGGUUCCAGAGACACAUUGCAGUAGUUAUGCCGAGUGUCAUUGUGCAACUUGGAGAGACGAAUAAACAAAUCAAAGAGAAUGCAAAGGAGGUGAUGAUAUCAAUUGGAAAUGAACUUGGACUGCCUGCAGUGAUGGGACAACUCUACAACUCAUUGUAUUUAAAUAACAACCCAUCGAUUCGGAAAUCCGCACUUGAAGUGUUGGACUUUUUCUGUACCAAAAUGGAUGAAAAGGAGGCGCAAGUUGUGAGGAACAUUAUUGUACUGCUGAUGAGACAUUUGAAUGAGAGGAAUUUGGAGUUGAGAAAAUUGGCGGAGGGUGUUGUGACGAAGAUGAUGAAAUUGUUUGGGACUUCGAUCUUCAAAGAACGUGUCCACGAGUUGAAUCCGAACGAGACAAGUGCGUUUAAUGACUUCUUCAGGCGGAGUGCAUUUUCUGGUCUUACAAAGAAAGGAGACAAAAGUGGAACAGACUCGCAAAAGACUCGAUUUGCAGAGGAUUUUACUGAGAAGACUGGCCAAAUGGAGGAAGAGCAAGUGUCGGAUAACAAAAAGAUGAUUACAAAGAAGUUAACGCAUUUAAUCAAAGUGUGUCGAGACUCUGUCUCGCAACCUGUCAUUCGGAAGAGUUCAAAUGAUUUGAACAUUUCGUGUGUAGAAAAUAUGACAAAAGCGAUGGAAGAAGAGCCAACGAUUAUAGACGACAAUAUGAAUGUUGUGCCGAUGAGAAAAACGAUAUCCAAUUUGCAACAGAAUGGCGACAUUCCUGAGUUUGGAAAGCCAACAGUUUCGUUAAUACAGAGGUGCGCGACAAUUUCAAUGGUGGUCAAAAACGUGGGCCAAAAUCCUGUGAUUGUCCGGUCACAAACGAUGAUCCCAACCGAACUCUUAGUAUUAUAUAAAAUACCAGACACGUAUAUUAAAGACGUUCUGAGACUUGGUGCGGAGAUGUUACCACAAGACUAUUUGCAGCGAUUAAUAUCGUUGUCGCAGCGAGAUGUUGAUUUGUGUUUGACUGCAGUGAAUAACUUGGAUGUCACGAAGACGAAUUUUGAGGAGUUUAUCAUGACAUGGGGGUGCAUUUUAUUACUGAAAGGAGACUUCAAUUUGUUGCCCAAGUUUUGUUUAAUUGUGAGGAAGUUUUUGGAGGAGAAGGUGAAGAAUGGGACAUCACUUGAGAACGUGAGGAGUCAGAAAUUUGUAGAAUACCUGUUUAAGUCGGCGCAAUACUUUUCAUCGGAAAUCAUAGUCAUCAGCAGACUGUUGUUGCUUACGUUAACGCCUUUCAAGCUGAUUGAAAUCUUGUGGAAGGUGUAUACUACUUCACACCUCAUGACACGAUCAACGUGUUUGAUGGUGUUGAAUAACUUGUUUGACGAUAUGAAUGGACAAAUUGAGUUACCCAGCAAUUUUCUGAUCGAGAUGUUCUUCACAAUAUACAGCAAAGCGUCGAAAAGGAACAAUGAACUUGGCGCGUUGUAUGUUCUUGGCAAGCUGUACAACGAGAUUGGACGCGACUUGAUCAAUCAAUUGAUGAAAGAAAAGGAUGUCAAGUGUGAUCACAAAUUUGAUGAGCUUAUUCGAUGCACUGCGGACUAUUUGAGAAGUCGGCAAAUGUUAUUUAGGACAAGUGGAGAGCGAAAGAGUAUUGAUGAUGGCAUUUCUGAUAUCGAAGGGUUUGGGAGUAUUGGGGAACAAAACAUGGAAUUGGUCUCAUACGUCAGUGGUGUUGAUUCCAAGAAGGAGAGUCCAAUGAGCCAGAAAAAGAAAGAAUUGAAGGAGAUGAGUCGGAUGGAAGAAAAGGAACUUCAAGAGACUUUGAAGAACAAAGAGAAGAAAGAGACUGAGAACAAUGAGCUCGUAGUGAUUCCACAAACGAAUACAAUCGCUCCAGUUGCACAGCAAAAUGGUGGUGAUGAGAAAACAAUGAAAUUGGAAACACCAAAUCAAGUGAAGAUAACAGAAAUUGCAAUUCCACAAACUGAACAGAAGGAGGUGGCACCAAUUCAGACGAUUACAAAGAUGGUUGAGGAAGUGAAAACUCCACCACACCCCUUGCAAAUAGAUUUGAACAUGACUGAAAUGACGAAAAUGCAGAGUGUUGUAUCAACAGUCAAAGAGAAAGAAGUGGGAAAGGAGGGCAUACCACCACCGCUCAAUUUGGAAGAGAGUAAGAUGCCAGCGAAGAUGUCAUUGGAAGGGGACGAUCUGAGUGAUAUUUCUGAAGUGCAAAAAGUGUCUGAAAUAUCGAUUGGAAAGCCUAUGGAAAUAACACCAGAGAAACGCGAGGAAAUAGUGAACCAACCACCUUCAACAGCCAUCAUCGCUGCACCAACUAUAGAACACAAAGCGAUGGAAGAGGAAGUGUUCAGUGGGUUUGAUAACAACACAAUCAGUCAAGAAUUGGUCAUGAAGAAAAUCACGCCAAUCACACUCCAUCAGAACAAUGAAAUUGACUUAAUACAAAAUAACGUGGAGAGCGACGUCUUCAACGAGAGUGUGGCAUUAGCAAAUCCAAAUGAAAUAGAAAAGAAUGAUAAAACGCUCUUUGCGCCACCAACUGAAUUUUCGUUGGCGUCUCCUAUUCAAACAAAAGAAAUCGAGAAGCCCGAAUUUUUGUCGGCGAAGGUGUCGCCUUAUGUGUCGCAAGUACUCUCACCCCGCAAUGUAAUAAAAUCUGCACGACCGAAGAAACACGCGGCACCCAGAGUUGCCAAAAAUCUGUUUGAGAAGUCGCCCGUGUCUUCUGCUGUUCGUGUGAAAGUGCUCGAACCCAAAGAAAAGAGUGAGAAAGAGAGUGAAGUGAAGCGUGUGAAUCAAAUCAUUCAAUCGAUCAAUGCGAAGCAAUCGCUUCACCCAUCAAAAGCGGAAUUCAAGCCUUCCCCAACACUUCAAAAGAGUGCUCAGAGUGAAUACAUCACCGUGACAAAUGACAAACACAACACCUUUGAUACUCCGCUCACUCGCGAUUAUGAACAUCAUGGCGAGAUAACACGACGACGUAAUUGUCUUGCGCCGACGAUGUCAGAAGAGACACAACUUGUUGAUCAGAAUAAGUUCCCCGAGAAGAUGGCUCGUUCGAAAUCUGCGAUUAGUGAUCCACAAAUCAUAGCGUUACAACGGAGUUUAGCGACGCGGCCAAAGAUCUCGCCGAUCAAGAAGGUGAUGCAUUACUCGCCACUUCCGAGUGUCCCCAACUGGAAAGACAUCAAGUGA